GAGAGGAACUAGGGACUGGCUUUAAUCAUCAACGGUCAAUGGUUUAAUCAGUCAUACCUAUGUCAUGAUGGGGUUCAGAGAGCUUUCUGGUUUGUGAACAGGAAGACACGUAGAGAGAGUAGCGUGCUCCAGAGGGCAUGGAAUCUCAGAGCCCCUUCCCCAUACCUCACCCUAUGCAUCUCUUCCAUCUGACUGUUACUGAGUUAUAUCCUUUUGUCAUAAACUGGUAAUCAAGUAAGUAAACUGUUUGAGUUCUCUGAGCAUCCUGGGAAAUUCAUCAAACCUAAGGAGAAGGUCCAUGAAACUUCUAAUCUACAGCCAGUUGGUCAGAAGGACAGGGGACAAUCUGGGCUUGCAACCAGAGUCUGACAUGGGGAGAGGGCAGUCUUGUGGGAUCUAACGCUAUCUGCAGGUAGAUGGUGUCAGAAUUGAAUUGAACUCUUGGACACCCAGCUAGUGUCAGAAAUUUGCUAGGUGGUGUUGGGAAAAAAUCCACACUGCAAAAUCGUAGCUGGUAAUCAGAAGUAGGAUCAGAGUCAGAAUUCUAGUGUGUGUGAUAAAAGAUUAGAAAUUUAUCUCUUUAUUGCUUCUAAAUAUAUGCAGCUAGAUAUUAAUAUUUAAUGGCUACUGAGGCAUGAGGAUCCGGCGUUCCAACCCAGUUGGAAAAUGAGGCCUCUGACUGAAGAGGAGAUGCGUGUAAUGUUUGAGAAGAUAGCAAAAUACAUCUGGGAGAAUCUUCAGCUGCUGGUCAACAGGCCCGACGGCACCUACUGUUUCAGGAUGCACAACGACCGGGGGUACUACGUGAGUGAGAAGAUUUUGAAGUUGGCCGCCAAUAUCUCCGGUGACAAGCUGGUGUCGCUGGGGACGUGCUUUGGAAAAUUCACCAAGACCCACAAGUUUCGGUUGCACAUCACAGCUCUGGAUUACCUAGCACCCUAUGUCAAGUAUAAAGUGUGGAUAAAACCUGGAGCAGAGCAAUCCUUCCUGUAUGGGAACCAUGUGCUGAAAUCUGGACUUGGUCGAAUCGCUGAAAAUACUGCUCGGUACCAGGGAGUCGUGGUGUACUCCAUGGCAGACAUCCCUUUAGGUUUUGGGAUGGCAGCAGAGUCUAUACAAGACUGCAGGAAAGUAGACCCCAUGGCGAUUGUGGUAUUUCAUCAAGCAGACGUUGGGGAAUAUGUGUGGCAUGAAGAGACAUUGACUUAGAACAAAAUCAUCGCGAGGACUUGUGGCUGUGUGAAAGGGCCUAGCUUUGUUUCCUGUGUCUGUGUAACCUCCACCAUCAUGUUGAAUUUUGUCAACACUGUGACCUCUUCAGGGACUUCUUAGUUUAAUAUUCUAUUAUGGACAAAUGCAGGCUGGAUUCUUAUUAUGCAGAAAUGGCUCAAAAACGGGGUUUCGGAUCUCUGUGAUUAUGACUAACUAGAAUACUGUGUUUUAUAUUUGAAUCAGAGGGCUCCUUGUUUUGAGUAACAGGUUCUAAAUUGUUGGAACUGAGGACAAGAAUAGCGUAUUAUUGUUAUCUGUGAUAACACUGUUUUCCAAACACAUGAUAAGAACGUAAUGAAUUCUCUUAAUUAUUUAUUAAUACUAUGAAAGAUAGAUAUUGCCAUCAGAAUAGUAGGUCGUGUCUGGGAUUUUACAAAUGAAAUUUGGAUAAAAUAGUAAGAGCAGUUUAUUCUGCCGAUUUUCUAUAUGGUAGGUGCUGUGUAGCGUGGAAAAAAAACUUGGACUCAAACACCAGUUCUCACAUCUACCAGCUAUAUAACCUUAGAUGAGUCAUUACACUUUAAUAAGCUUCAUUUCCUUCUUCUGGUUCAAAAAACAGCUUAGCCGUCUUCCUAAGAAUAGAUUUUAGAAUUAGAAAUCAUGAUCGUAAAGCACCUAGCACAGUGCCUGGCAAAUGAUAGUGUUGAAUAAAUGGUAAGAAUUAUUUUUGUAAUGUUUAUACUGAGUGUUUCUGUUACUAAGAGUAGGAUCUUAUGAAUAUACUUUGAUUAUACUAUCUUGGUUUUUACAAGUGGUUUUCUUGCUCUUUUUCUUGAAUGGUAUGAUCCCAGGCUGAAUGUUAUUUCUAUCACCUUGAUUUCUAAAACAAUUUCUCUUAUAAAUCUUUUGGUUUUUUUUUAAUUAAAAAAAAAUUUUUAUUGAAGUAUAGUUGAUGUACAAUAUUGUGUUAGUUUCAGGUGUACAGCAAAGUGAUUCAUUUAUACAUAUAUUCUUAUAAAUCUUAAAUUACCUGACUGGACUGGACAAAAAGCACUAAUCAGAGACCCUGAAAUAAUAAUUUAUUUCCUCCAUCCUUC